CUCCCUACAGUUAAGGGAACUGAAUUUCUUUCUUUGAAGUGCAAGCAGAUUUUUUAUAAAGACAAACAAAAAUUAAACAGACAUGACACAUUUUAUUUGCUCUGUUUUCUCCUCUUUGUAGUCCAGCAUUUAUAAGGUGCACUGCUCUGUGUUGGAAAAGAGACUUUUGUUUCUCAAUGAGAUUCUUUCAUUGUUUGGGAGUGUGGCAAUGUAGUAAACCUUUCCACGAAGGAUUGGUUAGGGGGAUUUAUUUCCCCCUUUCUCAAGUUGUGCAACAUCCUGCUACUGUAGGAAAGAGGAAAAAGUGCUGAGUAACGCUAGAGUCGGAGCCUACUCCUAUGGCUGAUGCAAACCUGGAGAAUUUGCAUCAUCAUUCAGCAAGAGUAACUUGGUAUGACAGGCGAGCUUAAAUACAAGACCAUGCGGAAGCUGAGCCGGCUUCCAAUGACAGAGCAGCAUAAAGGUGGCUGGGAGAAAGGGCAGGUGUUCCUGAGUAGUGUUUAGACAGCCGUCCAAAGUAAAAGACACUUGAAGAGUUUGAUACUUGUUGGCACAAGUGGGUUGAAAGUGCUGCAGGCAGUUGGUGUGUGCUCGUGCAUGUGUGUGUUUGUAAAGCAGUUAGCUAGACAAAAGGAGGGAGAGAGGAAAGAAGGACCCGAGGUGGCUUUCUGUUCAGAGAGUUUUUCAAAGUUCUCAGCUUGGUGUGUGGGCAACACCAAAACAUGUUUAGGAAGUCUCCUGUGCCGACAAUCUCGAAUGGCAGCUACCUGCAGGGGCAUUCAAAUGGCACGUUGCCCUCUGGCUUACACACCAAGGCGGCCCAGGGAGAGAAAGUGGUGCUGAAGAAGAAAGUGACUUUGCUGAGAGGGAUAUCCAUUAUAAUUGGCACUAUCAUUGGAGCAGGGAUCUUUAUAUCUCCCAAAGGAAUCCUCGAGCACACAGGCAGUGUGGGCUUAUCUUUGACGGUCUGGACUGUCUGUGGCAUCCUGUCACUCUUUGGUGCUCUCUGUUAUGCUGAACUGGGCACAAGUAUCAAGAAGUCUGGUGGACACUACACUUAUAUCCUCGAAGCCUUUGGUCCAUUGCCUGCGUUCGUAAGAGUUUGGGUUGAACUGCUCAUCAUACGACCUGCUGCCACAGCAGUCAUAUCAUUGGCAUUUGGACGCUAUCUGUUGGAACCAUUUUUUAUGCAGUGUGAAAUCCCAGACCUUGCAGUUAAACUGAUUACAGCUGUGGGAAUCACAAUUGUCAUGGUCCUGAAUAGCAUGAGUGUCAGCUGGAGUGCCCGCAUCCAGAUUUUCCUAACCUUCUGCAAGCUCGCAGCAAUUUUGAUAAUUAUAGUCCCUGGAGUUAUGCAGCUAAUUAAAGGAGAAACUCAGCACUUUAAAGAUGCAUUUGUGGGAAAUGCAGCUAGCGUCAAAGGACUGCCUCUUGCUUUUUAUUCUGGAAUGUAUGCCUACUCAGGCUGGUUUUAUCUCAAUUUUGUCACUGAAGAAGUGGAAAACCCUGAAAGAAAUGUACCACUUGCCAUUUGCACUUCAAUGGUUAUUGUCACAGUUGGAUAUGUUUUAACCAAUGUGGCCUACUUCACAACUCUCAGCCCUGAAGACCUAUUAAUUUCCAAGGCAGUGGCAGUGACAUUUGCUGAACGUUUAAUGGGAAGUUUUUCCUCCGCUGUUCCCAUUUUUGUUGCACUCUCUUGCUUUGGGUCUAUGAAUGGUGGCAUCUUUGCUGUCUCCAGGAUGUUCUACGUGGCAUCCCGCGAGGGUCACCUUCCAGAAAUUCUCUCCAUGAUUCAUGUUCGCAAGCACACUCCUCUACCAGCUGUCAUUGUUUUGCACCCUUUGACUAUGAUCAUGCUUUUCACCAGUGAUCUCUACAGCCUUUUGAACUUCCUCAGUUUUGCAAGGUGGCUUUUUAUAGGAUUGGCUGUUGCUGGGAUGAUUUAUCUCCGAUAUAAACGCCCUGAUAUGCCUCGUCCUUUUAAGGUGCCACUCUUUAUUCCUGCUCUGUUUUCCUUCACCUGCCUCUUCAUGGUUGCAUUGUCACUUUAUGCUGACCCUGUCAAUACAGGCAUUGGCUUUGCAAUCACACUGACUGGUGUUCCUGCCUACUACCUCUUUAUCAUAUGGGACAAGAAGCCAGCAUGGUUUAAGCAGCUCUUAGACAGAAUAACAUCAACUUUGCAAAUAAUUUUGGAAGUUGUGCCAACAGAGGAGAAUUCAAGAUCAUGAUAUUUUGCUGCUGGAAAAAACGGUGUUCAGCAAACAUCCAGAAUCUUCAUCAUCUGAGGAAAAUGCUCUCUCAACUUUUCUGGAAAACAUGGAAAAUAAUGAGCAUCAGUUUUAAACAGAUACUUGAUAAGAACUAUAUAUGGAACUGUUUUAUGGUGUCAAAGGUUUUUAUAUGUGGUCAUCCAAUACUAUAGAUAUAGGCAAUGGCCUUGAAUGGAGAAGCUAUAAAAUCUUUGUGGAACAAAGUGUACCUUUUCCUUUUAUGAGGCCAGAGACAAUGUGAUAUUUACAAUAUUAUGUCAUACAAGGAAUCUAGUUUUCCACAUUGAUGAAUUUUAUUAUACUGUAAAAGAACAUUUGUUUUAAAAAUGUUCAAGAUAACUCAAAGUAAGGUGGGUGAUGUGUGCAUUUGUGUAUUGAGUCUGAAGAAAGCAGGAGUAAAAAUGUAAUAUCAUUGCAAAAGUACUCCUUCCCUUUUCAUUAUCACUCUUUUCUGUUUCAUUGAGAACACUUUGGCACAGAAAUGUCUGCACUCCAUUUAGCUUCCCAAUUGUUGGAUGUAUGAAAAAGGGCACACGGAUAUUUUAGGUAAACAGCAAUAGAUGCACAGAGAGGUGCCAUCUUUAUGACCAGUGCUGACAUAGCUAUAGCAACAUCCAACAUGAUAUAACUUGAAUAAGUUUGUGCCAUUGUACUAUCUCUGUUAUAAAUCAACAUGGAUAUGGAUAUCAUACAUUGUGUCAGGUGUACUGGACUGUGCUGAUAGGGUUCUUUCAUAUGAUGCAUGUAGCUCACCCUGCCUCAUUCAUAUAGCUUUAGCUAUUGUGGAGUGGGGAAAAAGACAUUGUCUUCCACCUGUAACUAGGAAUGUGAAACACCUCUAGUUGCAUUCUUCCAAAAUCUAACCUGCCUUGGUUUUUUUCUUCAUUUUACAUGUUUUGUCUGAUGUAUGCAUUUUAUCCACUGUUAAAGGAUAUUUGCAUUCCAUUUUAGCCAUUCAUAUUUAAAAAUAUGUGCAUUGUUUUGUGUGCAAUUUAUUUUUCUGAAAUGGUCAAUAAGCUUUGCAGUUUGGUGAAUCCUUGAGGUGUGUCUCUUCAUGCAAUGAGGCUUAGAAGGUAUUAAAAAGCUACUUUUUUGAGGCUGUCAAAUGUAGCAGUUCACCCCAUCUUUACUUCCCUGUAACCUUCUCAUGUUUUCAUGGAGGUGCUGUGUUUUUCUUUCCACAAAAAAUCAAAAACAAAAACUAAACUCCACAACGAAGAAAAACAUCAGAAGAGUUACACAGUAUUUUGAUUUGUAUCAGCAAAUCAUUUGGAAAUCUUGAAUGUUUGGUGAUACCAUUUUGAUGACUGAAAUAAUUUAUUUUUUAAAGCUUGCCCCAGUGCUUUUGUGCCCUACUUCAUGUUUGUAGCCUAAACACUAGGUUAGUGUUGUUUCAAAAAAAGCAGCUAUAAAAGCAUAAGAAGAGCUGUGAUGGGUCAGACCAAUGACCUGGCUGGUCUAAUGUUCUUUUUGCAUUGUAACCAGCAAAUGAUUAUGGAAAACCAGAAUGUAGAAUGAGUGCAAUAUUCUUUAGCAAUUGGUAUACAGAGGAUGCAUGAUAUCCCUGAAACUGAAGGCAAUAUAUCAACUCUCAGAUAAGGUUUAUCUCCAUGAUCUCCCAGUUGUACCAGAUUAGAGUAUGUGGUUAUCUUUAAUUGAUUUGGGCUGUAUGAGCGCAACUGUGUGAGAUAGUUCAUGUUACCAGCACACUUCAUGUCACUAGCACAACACCAAUAUAUUAUUGCUGCAUGGUGUAAUACCUUAACCAAAAUGUAGACUAGAAACCCAUAGAAUUUGGACCAUAGGAGACAUUAAUUUUUUUAGUACAAUUUUUUAAAAGUGUGGUAAUGUAUCUUAAUAGCAAAUUACUAUGGAAUGUGCAUUCAUUUUGGAGACAAGAGCAUUUUCCAAUCCUAUGAAUGGCAAUUUUAAAAGUUGGUUUUUUUGAAUGCCACGGUUUUGAAAUUUGUACCCAGAAUGCAAAAAGCCACCCAAUUAACUGUAUGUCUCUAGUGUGGCUUUGAAAGUGCCAUUGCUCCACGGUAAAUUGCUUUUGAAUGGUAUGUUUUUAAAAAGUAAUUUGUGCUAGGAUGUGGGAUUCUGUUUUUCCUAAGGAAAAAAGCCAAAAAAGAAAAGAAAAGGAGAAGAAAAAGAAAAAAAACCCAUUAGGUGGCUACAAGCAUCUGCGCUUAUAGCUUUAGAAGCACUCUUGUGUUUUGCUGUAGGAAAUUAUUUAUAUACUGUACACUAAAGAAAAUGUGUCCCCAUAAUUUCUCCUUUAUCAUAUAAUAUAUGCUUUUUACAUAUUAAAUUUUUAAAAUCUCUAAAGCAAGUAGCCAUUAUUAUGUGACAAAUUGUAUUUUGUGUGAAGCAGAGGACAUUUUUAAAUUCUGUUACAUGGUAAAGCUUGCUAUUUCAGUAGCUACCUCAUGACAAGAUAAAAAAAAAGCUGAGAAUAAGAUGCGACUUUGACUUGCUGAUCCUGACAUUUUUUUUAUCUUGCCUGGUCAUAAAUUUGUGCCAUCAUCAUACUUACAUCACUGGGAUGCAUGGCUAUGGAAAGGAUACUCUUUGCUAAGCUCCUUCUCCAAUCAGCACAGUUUGGAGAUAGAUCUGCAAAUCCUUCCAGUUACCUUGGAGUUUCCUUGACUGGGCUUGCAUGCUAUACUAAGCCAAGCUUCCUUAGGAAUCCAAGUUUAUUGUUUACAAGCGGUGUGCUAGUACAUGCUACUUGUUAAUUCUUGACACAUCUAAGCAAAACAUAGAUAUCCCAUUUAUAGUUUGCUAAACCUAAUACUCUUGCCUUGCUUCUCCCUGACAAGCCAGAGAAAGAAACCAACAAAGCCACAGGUUAUUUCAUGGCUUUAUGCCUACUCCAAAUUUUAUGAUGACUAUCUGUCAAUAGAAGCUUAAUGGUUUAUUUAACUGGUCCUGGAUUGGAUUGAUUGUGGGUCAAUCCUUCCCAAACUCUGCCAGUAUUCAAAGUUGACCAUAUUGGGUCUGUGUACCAAGUGUGGUCUAGAUCUAUCGUUGGCUGGUCAUCGCCUGGCUGCAGUGCUCUCUGGAUGGGGGUGAACUGCUUCAACUCCCAGAUUACAGGGGCAAUUGUCCCAAAACUUCUGCCAGUAUCCACAACAGGCAAUGUUGAGUCUGUGUGCCAAGUUUGGUCCACAUCUGUCGUUGGCUGGGUUCACUGCUCUUUGGAAGCAUGUGAACUACAACUCCCAAAAUCAAGGCCCAUCCCCACAAACCCUUGUAGUAUGGUCAGUUGGUCAUGAGGCUUCUCUGUGCAAAGUUUGGUCCCGGUCUAUUGUUGGUGUGGGCCACUGUUUCUCUGGAUGUAGAUGAUCUAUAACUCCCUUUUCCCCAAACUUGUCCAAUAUGUUCUUUUGGUUAUGGGGAAUCUGUGUGCCAAGUUUGGUCCUGGUCCAUCAUCGGAGGGGUUCGGAGUGCUAAUUCAUUGCAGGUGAACUACAAAUCCUAGUACCUACUACUCCCAAAUGUCCAGGCCAGUUCCCCUCAAAAUCCACCAGUAUUCAAAUCUGGGCACAUGGGGUAUGCAUGGCAAGUUUGGUCCAGACCCAUCAUUGUCUGGGUUUAUAGUAUUCUAGGUGUAGGUGAACUACAACUCCUCUAAAUUCCCCAGUAGGAGUCACAGUGCUCUGACUUGAUGCAGGGUGAACUACAGCUUCCACCAUGUGGAGUCAAUCCCCCAAACUCCUCCUCUGCUGUGUUUGUUCUGCAGACAGAUUUGAAAGGGAAGGGCAGUAGGCAGGGUCAUGCAAAUUCCACACCAAUGGAGAACCCUGGGAUGCCUGCCUGUGGUGGAGAAACAUGCAAAAUCUAGGAUGAAAUGGUCCCCAAAUGAAAGCAUUUCAUGGGUGGUGGUUCGUAGUGUUUGGGAAGGACAUUGGCAGGGGUUGGGCUACAUGUUCAUGGAGCUCACUGUAACCACAAUAUCAGUGGACGGGAGUGACUUGGUGGCUCCUCAGCACUGGGAACUAUAGCCAGUUGUGGAGGUUGGAGGCUGUCUGUGUGAACAGACACCUGUGCCACAUACACACAUACAGGUUUUCACUUUUAUUAUGGAUAUAGAUAUAGAUUUGAAUGCGUCAGGUGGCAUUUUCCCUAUUUAAUGUGUUCCUUUAGUUUCAAAAAAGCAAACACCUUCUCUACUGUAUGUCUUUUAAUCUAAGUAUUAAAGUAUUAAAAUGGACAAUGAUCCCAAUUGGUGUUUCAUAAUGUCAACAACAUGGUGAUACGUUUCUCGUUUUCUGAAGUUUCUUGGUUUUCCUUUUUCCUUUUUUUGUUUUGUUUUUCAUUUGGAAGCAUAACAUUUAAAAAUGUUUUAGACAUCACUUUUUUUAGUAAGAUUAGUGCCCCCCUAGCAGGCACUGGGCCCUUAGAGAAAUUGCCUCCCUCAUUAAUUGUGCCAGUUUCACAUUCUGUGCGCCAUGAAUAAAUUUAUAAAGUAAUAGUACGACUUUUAGAAAAACACAUGGGAGAUGUAUUAUUCUAAUUAAUAAUUCCAUGGCAUGAAUAUUUACAAUCAUGAUAAUAAUAUAAACCUAUAUUAAUGAGAUACCCACAAUCUGAUAUAACUAGGACAGCAGGUUCGAUAGGGAGUAAACAAUGCUUUAUGUAAGACCAAUGGUUAUUGUUAGGCAGUGUACCAGAGAGAUGAAUCCAAAGGGCUCUAACAUGGUGUGAAGUGAACACAACUCAAGUUUUAGAUUGGGGAUUGUGCUGUAGCCAUAAUGUAGCUUCCAUACGGGAUAAAAUAUUAUUGUCUAUGCAUUGUAUACAAAACAUUUAUGCAAACUUCUCUUUUGGCCCCAUUUUCCUUUUAUUUCAGCAGAGCUUCCUGUUAGUCCCAGCAAUCUCCCUGGGAGAGACUUGAGUGUGGGCAAUGCUUGUCAGGCGGUCAAUACUCUUCUCUCCCUGCCAUUCCUCUGCUUAAAAUUGCUUCUACUGGUUUGACAGACCCAUAGUUCUGCUGUCCAUCUCUAGUUAAAAGCUAUAUAUGUGAGUGCAGACUUAAUUAAAUACAUUCAUGCAGAACUACAGGAAGAGGUAUCUAUCUACCAUUUGUAUCAACAAGACCUUAGAGCCCAAUCUGCUAGAAAUGCUUAUGGCAGAAACGAAUCCUGCAAGUUCUAUCCAUCUCCAUUUAUCACCUACUGUAUCUAUUCUCAGCUGCCUUACACAUUUUGUAGUGUUGGUCCUGAGCACAGCUAAAAUAAUCUGAUGCUGUCACUACGUUUACUAUUGCUGAUUCAGCCAUGUAAAAUAAUGUGCCAUCAACAGUAAGCAACACAAUAUAUUAUGCUUAUCUUUACUCACGUGCAAUAGUAUGAGAAUUGGUAAAAUGAUGACUGGUGUAUGUUAAAUUGCUGCAAAUUAAACUAACUUUUGCAUAGGUAAGUAGUGAGGAAAAUGUAACAUUCAGAUGCUAUUAGGUUACAACUUCCAGCAUUCUUCACAAUUGUUUCAGCUGUCUAGGUCUAAUGGGUUUUGGUCCAGGCACAUCUGGAGUGUUGCACUUUGCCCACUUUAGCAUAGGACAGAGGACAUACACUGGUCACAGUCACAUAGUUCUAAGUGUGGUGCUGUAAAUGUAAGGCAAAAGUUUAAUAAUAGGCAAUAUAUGAUAAAUGGACUUUUGUGGUGUACACCUAUACUCUUAGUGCUCCUAAGUUAAUGCACAGGACUGCUCCUGAAACAUAGACAGGUUUGUGUAUUUUAAAUAAGCUACAGGUCAGUUUACAUUUUGAUUCAAGGGACAUGUACUUUGAAGGUAAUUCCACUAUUUUUGACAGAAUAUUUUUAAUUGAGACUUGCACUAGUUUCUGGUUUUCAACUAUAGUGAGUCCUUGGAAUCCAGUAGGAUUUGGUUCCAGCACCCUCCCCUCCGUAGAUAUCAAAAUUCUCAAAUUGCACUAUAUCCAUUGGUGUAAUCAAAUGGUGCCACCUAUAUAAAAUAUGAAAAUAAAAUUUGGUUUUUGGAAUUUAAAAAAAGAAUGUUUUCAAACUGUGAAUGAUUGAAUCAGUGGAUUCAGAAUAUGUGGGCUCAGAGGGCCAACUGUAAGCAUCCUAUCAUUUAUACUUUAAAUAGAAGGAGUUAAACUUCAGUAUUAAUCCAAACAUGAGCACCAGCCCCCAGAGACUAGACUUAAUGUCAGGGGAAAACCUUUACCUUUACUAUUAAUCCAAACAAAGCCAGUCAAUUUAUUGAAAUGUGACAUGUUUCUCAACACCAAAAUUUGUUCAAUUGAUUUCAAUGACUCUGUUCUGGUUGAGCCUGAAAUCCCCUGAUAUCAGGAAUGGAAAACUUAGAUUUUUUCAAUUCCAUUGUGUUCAUUUAUAUUUCACCAUUACUGAAUUUUCAUCACAUUGAGAGGAGCUUAAGAGAAUGAGGCAGGGAAGAUAAUUUUAUCAGUAAAUAAACUAUCUGCUCUUGGUCAUCAUAUUAUUGACUGACUGUCAUGUGUCUAAAUUACACAGUGGAAAGUGAACUUUGGAAAUGUUUGCUUACCUAAUUAUGAAAUAAAAUCAAUGGUCUACACGUAUCAUAUGACCAGCAAGUUCAACACCAAGUCAUGUUUUUUUAAAGCUAUUUUAAUUUUUUAAAAGAAAAUUAGUCAUGGAAAAUCCACAAUGAAACCAAAAUGAUUUUAAAAACAGUGUCCAUCUGACAGUAUUGAAAUAUGCUAAUAUUUUUAAAGUGAUCUUACCAGUAACUGGACAAGAUGCUAUAAGGAGAAUGCUUACUUUUUUAUGGACAUAAUGUUCAUAGGACAUAUUGUAAACCAAUAUCAAUCAGCUUAUUAACAAGGCAUCAUAUUAUUGAAGGCAAGAACAAUAUGUUUGAAUAGAGAACUUUUAUACACUGACAUCUCACUAACCAUGUUUCUACUUUUUAAAAAUGCAUCUUAUGAACUCUCAGCAGCCCCUUAUAUUGCCCCUUUCAAACAAUUUCAUUAUCAGUUGCAUUCUGUGUGUUUCUAGUGCUUCCUCAUACAGAAUAGUGUUUUCCGAACUCUGGUCUUCCAAGUAUUUAGGGCUUCAGCUCUCAGAAUUCCUGGUCAGUGGCCAAGACAGCUGAGACUGCUGGGUACUGAAGUCCAAAAGACCUGGAAGACUAGAGUUUUGGAAUAAUUGAUACAGAGGAUUUCUAAGUAUAGAAUCUACAUAUCUGGGUAGCACUGUUCAAUAAAAGGCGCAUGCCACCGAAGAACAAAAGGUAGAGAUUAGUGCUACAUAUUAAGUGAUGGAUCAAAUCAGCAUCCCCUCCAAUCUGGUUCUACCCAGAAUACCCGGAUGACACUCAUGUUGACCAAAAGUAUGCUACACCUUACUGUAUGUGAUAGAGAACCUGUGAACUCACAACAUUGUUCUGUUAAGCUAGCCCUGUAUGUAUUAGUUGUUGAGUAUGGGUGAUUUUAAAUCUGUAUUAUGGAAUACUUUAUAACCACUGACUGGCCAGAUCUCUCACAGAUCUCCAUUUCUUAUAUCAUCUUCCAAGUGUCAUAAGAUUUUUUGUGAAGAUUUUCUUCCUUUAGCUUUCAUCUUUACAUUAUUUAAUAACAAAGAAAAGGGGGUUUCGGGGCAUUUGUGCCCCUUAUGCAAUGUGUCCUUAAAGAGUCUUGAAUUGAACCUACCUAUGCUGCAAUGUUUCUGGCAUCAAGCAAAAAUGUUCACCCAGAGGUUUUAAUUUGCUGUGAACCUUUUAUUUCUUAUAAAACAUUUUAUUUGCUUUUUUAUUCUUUGUUAAAGAUUUUCCGUGCUUUAUUGUUUUAUUAUUUUGCUUUAUUGUGUUGUAAUAUAAUUGACUGUACACCACUCUGAAUUCCCAGUAGGAUGAAGGAUGGCAUAGAAAUGUUUUAAACUAACAAAGAAAUAAAUAAAAAAAUACCUGUGCAGAGCA